ACGCAGUUUCAUGCACUCGCUCCAUCUCACUCUCUCGUAUUCGUGCCAUAUGUCGCCUUAUCUCUUUACGUGGACUCGUGUCGGUUCGAGACUCGUUCGGGUGGACUCGCCGCGCCACGCCUCCGCGCCGCGCGGUACCUAUGCUCUAAUCAUGUCCGCAUGUCCGUCAUGUUCAACGCGUUCGUAGUUCCUGCAUAACAGUACACUUGGAAUGGAAAUGGAACUGUCUGAACAUGUUAAUUUUGACAACUCGGAUUGAAUGAUAUAGUUCCAUAUGAGGACAUAGUUCCAGGAACUAUUUAGGUCCGGAACUACGCAUGUCUAAUUGACAUUGAGUUGAGUGACAGACGGUGAAAAAACUUGUUUUGUUUGAAAAUAGCGUGACAAAAUUGUAGAUACUAGAUUGCAUUGAUAGCAAUGAAAUUAAAUAGUCAUACCAAAAUCGUAGGAGCAAAUAUAAUUUUGGUUCCUUACAAAAAACAUCAUGUACCUGUCUAUCAUGAAUGGAUGAAGUCCGAAGAAUUACAAAAGCUAACAGCUUCAGAACCAUUAAAUUUAGAACAAGAGUACGAAAUGCAAAAAACAUGGCAUGAUGACGAAGAUAAAUGCACAUUUAUCAUUUUGGACAAGGAUAUAUUUAAUAAUACAGCCUUCGAUGAAACAGGUGCAAUGAUUGGGGAUACAAAUAUAUUCAUAACUGACAAAGAGUUGGCUAUAGGAGAAAUAGAAAUAAUGAUAGCUGAACCAUCAGCCAGAGGAAAGAAAAGAGGAUGGGAAGCUGUUAAAUUAAUGUUACUUUAUGGAAUAAAGUAUAUAAAAAUACAAACAUUUGAAGCAAAAAUAUUAUUACAGAAUGUGAUCAGUAUUAAAAUGUUCAAAAAGUUAGGAUUUCAGGAGAAAAGUGUCAGUGCAGUAUUUCAAGAAGUGACUUUGGACAAGAAAGUAUCAAAUGAAUGGACUGAGUGGUUAGCAAGUAGUCUUUCUUUUGAAAUAAAAGACUAUCACUAAUUAAAUCAAAUAAAAGGUUUCUACAAUACCUUCACAGCAUGCUA